GGGUCAACUGCCAUGAAGAAUCUCUCUGCACAAAAUAUUUCAUUCACAGACUUCAAACUGAUUGGUUUCCAAAGCCUUGAAGAAUGGAGGCCUUUUUUAUUUAUCCCUUUCUUUCUGAUGUUUAUAUUGUCCAUAUCUGCAAAUUCUACACUCAUAUAUUUGAUCGUAUCUCAAAAGUCUCUGCAUUCUCCUAUGUAUGUGCUAAUAGGUCUUUUGUCAGCUGUGGACUUGAUAUUGCCUAUAUUGUUUGUACCCAACAUGCUUCUUAGCCUAUUAUUUAAUUGGAAUGGGAUAUCUCUAACUGGUUGCUUGAUACAAAUGUUUGGCCUUCAUUUUUUCGGGGCAUUUCAGUCUACUUUGCUUUUAUGGAUGGCAAUUGACCGUUACUUUGCUAUAUGCAAACCUCUUUAUUAUAAUAAAUACAUGGAAUUCUCUAACUUUCUAAAGUUUGUUGUCGUGCCAGUAAUAAGAAAUGCAGUCUUAGUAAUAUCUGUGGUUGCCCUGGCUGGAAAACUGUCAUUUUGUGUAACAAAUAUAAUCGAUCACUGUUUUUGUGAACACAUGGCAUUGGUUCUGCUGGCAUGUGGAGAUAUAUCCAUUAAUAAUUUAGUAGGACUUUUAACUGCUUUUCUUAUACCAACAGCAGAUUGUAUUCUAGUUACUGCCUCCUAUGCUGUGAUUUUUGCCUCUGUGUUCAGAUCUGGUAAAGCCCAUAGGAAAGCCAUUAAUACCUGCAUUACUCACCUGAUUGUUAUGUCAGUUACUUUGACUUUGGCCCUGACUGCAUUUCUAUCCUACAGAAUAAAAAAUAAAUUUUCUCCUAAUAGUAACGUAUUUGUGAGCACAAUGUAUAUACUUUUUCCAAGUUGUUUUAACCCGAUUGUUUAUGGUGUAAGAACAAAAGAAAUUAGACAAACAUUUCUAAAGUUCAUAAACAAUUUAAAGGUCUUACCUUUAUCCAAGGAAACAACAGAUGUUACUCUCAAUAGAACACAAUAA